AUGUGUGGGUCGCGCUGGAUGUGUGCGGGCCAGAUGUUGCUAAAACCGGACCCGAUUUCACGUUGCUUGCAAUCAUUCUUUGUUCGCGCUCCUUUUCUUGACCACGCAGCAGACCAUCACCUCACCAUGUCCAAGCUUAUGUACGCUGAAGGCGCCAUGGUUGUAGGCGCCGCCGUGGCCGCCGCCAUGAUCGCACGAACGACCGCCGCCCGGAUGGGUAUUGUCUUUGUGCCGAGAGCCUCGUCGUCGACCGCGCACUCGCACGAACCGCAUGCGCCGCCGCAGCAUGAGGACCACCUCCAGGCUCGACUUGUGCCUCGGGCCCCGCCCAAGCCAGGCAGACCGUGA